AUGUCACAACCCACAACAUCUCCCCUCACAACCAUCCUCAACCGCCUCAACCCCCUCCUCCACUCCCUCCGCAAUCGCUCAACCCUACCAGCCCUACUCACCACCCUCGCAACACCCCUCCUCUGGGCAGCCUACCGCGACUACCGCGCCUACAUCGCCCUCGGCCCCGGCGGCGUCCCACACAAUGCCUUAGGCUGGCUCCUCGUCACCCUCGGCCUCCGUCCCUUCGCCCUCUCCAAAAGCUCAGCCACCUGGACGGGCGAUUAUCCAGACAAUGGAUCUCACGCCGAGAUCCAGCAACUUCCUGAGAGGAAGGGAGAGAGGGCCGAGUUGGGCGGGAUCGUGCCGCAUCGGCAGUUGAGUCAGCAUGCGCCGGAGAAGAUGAGAGAGUUUAUUGAAAACCUCUUUGCCAACGCGGUAACCCAAAACCCCUCCCUCCUAACCACAAAACUCUCCCUCUACGAACGAAAUAACUCAGCCCUCUUCCUCCACCCACAAAUCCUCUCCUCUCUCUCUUCCUCAUCCUCAUCCACCCCCGUCAUCGCCCGCGGCGAAAUAGCCCACCACCACACAGACCUCUCCAUCCACCUCUAUCUCUCCCCCGCCGACGCCAAACUCGCCAUCCAAAAACGCUGGGCCGAGCGCCACCGCCUCUCCCUACCCAAGGGUUCCUUCCUCGCCAACAGGCUGCAUCUGGCGGAUUCGUAUCUCAUGGUCUACGGCCCGCGGGAUGAGGAAGAGAUGGAGGUGUUGGCGGAAAUGCUGAGGUGCGGGGUGCGGUUCAUGACGGGGAGGGAGGAUGUUGGGGUGAUUGAGUGGCGGAGGAAGCUUGAGGCGUGA